AUGUGUGGAGACUCCAACCGUCAGAGCUCUGGGGGCACUAUUGCCGUCGUCUUCCCCCAGAACCAAGCUACAAGUGCAGAGACAUCACUUUCCUCAUCGCCGGCAUCGGUAUCUUCAUUUUCUUCAACUUCGUCAACUUCAUCAAUGUCAUCGUACUCUCUGUUCUUCCGGGAUGCAGAAAGGGCCAAUCGAACAAAGGUUGUUCUCCAGACAAGCGAUACAGACACAUACCACGCUCUCCGAGACUUCGGCCAAGUGGAUGUGCGCAUAGAAAAAUAUGGAGAUAUUUCCAACACAUCCCAAUCUCUCUCUCCGCUCUACGAGUUCAAACUGCAUAUGGAACGAGAUAUGGGCUCCACUCGCUCACAGAUGGAGUUCGAGAUACCAGAGAAGCUGGAUCUAGGUGUCUCGGAGACCGGUGUGAUCGGCCGGCAGGUAACAGUGAGGGAAGGCGGCUCGAUCUUGGGGAUUGGAGUGGUGGGCUACAACUAA